UAUUAACGUUGGAAAUCCAAUCCAUCAACCGAGGGAUUACUCGGAGACGAAUACAUUCAUGGGUAGUCUCAAAUUACACUUCUCUCAACUGGGUUUCCACCAGAACCUGCACAUGAUCCGGUACUCGCCACCCUCUCCCAUCGCAUCAUCUGCCAGAACCACAAAGACAAGGUCUUUACAGAUCUGCUGUGGGCUUCGUCGAGCGGGGGCCAGAAAGCCUUUGUGGAGGUCGAGGGUGUUGACGACAGAGGCCAUACAAGCAGUCCAAUCCCUGAAGUUGGCCAGAUCAAGUCACAAGUUGGAGGACGUUUUCAAUAGCAGAAUCUCCAGGCUCUUGAAAGCUGACUUAUUGGACACUUUGGCCGAGUUGAAGAGACAGAAUGAAGUGGACUUGGCUCUCAAGGUUUUUGAAUACGUGCGGAAGGAAGUAUGGUAUGAACCCGAUCAAUCUUUGUACUGUAACAUGAUCCAAAUGUUGGGAGAGAACAAAUUGAUUGAAUUGGCUGAAGAGCUCUUUUCUGAACUAGAGAAAGAAGGCUUGAAACCUGACACCAGGGCAUUCACUGAGAUGAUUGGAGUAUAUAUAAAUCUUGGUAUGAUAGAGAAAGCAGUUGAGAGAUAUGGUGCAAUGAAAAUGUCUGGUUGUGUGCCCGAUAAAUUAACAUUCGCAAUUUUGAUUAGGGGCCUUGAGAAGGCUGGAAAAGAAGAUCUUGCAGCAACGGUAAAGAAAGAGUGUGAUGAAUAUUUGGAAGACCCGGAGAAAUUCCUCAAAGAAAUUGAAAGGAAAUAUGCGGCAAAGAAGAAGUCCUAUUUUGUUUGAAAUUUCCAGUGGCUUGAGAUGUUGAACUGUGCUCGAUUUAUCAUGGAUACACAUAUACGUGCUGCCAAUGCUUAAUUCAAAUCCAAUGCAAGUUUCACCAGAGCUACAGAAGUUUUGAGCAGCAGAAAAAUACAGUUCAUGGCGUAUUUGUUCUGGCAUGGAUUUCCUUUUGGGGCAGCUAGUAAGUAGACCAACUUCUAGUGCCUGAUGAAGGAAGAUAUUCGACUAAAUUGUCGUGUUGCUAUUAGACAUUUUUGUAUGUAUUAGUGAAACUAAAUGUAGCGACCUUAUUGGGUCUGAUUACUUUGCAUUUGAACCUCCCGGUCUAUACUCAAUAAAAUAGCCUCAAAUCUAUGUGGUAUUAAAAUA